ACUCUUAUAUAAAAUAUUUAAAAAAAUAAUAGUAGACUAGUGACCAGAAUAUGAAUUGUGAUUGGUUCUUAAUAUGAAAUAUAACCGUUCAGUUGAACGAAAGUGGUCCAUUUUCAUCCAUUCGCCAAUCCCCGAAUUUGACCAGCUUAACCAGUGUGGUCCACUCGCGAAAAUGUGCCUUAUAUCAAACAAAUGAAACUUGACAUUUCCCCUUCCAUUUUAGUGUAAUUUCCAGUUCCUUCAUCCACAAAAAAUUAUUUCAAUUUCUUUUUGUACGUUGUUGUCGCAAGGGGUAGAUGUGCGUCGUGCGUGUGUAUUAGAAAUAAAAAAUGAGCGAAACUUUGCAACUGAAAGGGACCCUUUUGGGGCACAAUGGAUGGGUUACCCAAAUUGCUACCAAUCCAAAAUACCCUGACAUGAUUUUGUCAUCUUCAAGAGACAAAACUUUGAUCGUUUGGAAAUUGACACGUGAAGAUACCCAAUAUGGUGUUCCACAAAAACGGCUUUACGGUCACUCGCACUACAUUUCCGAUGUAGUACUUUCUAGUGAUGGAAACUACGCUCUUUCCGGAUCUUGGGACAAAACACUCAGGCUCUGGGAUUUGGCCGCAGGCAAAACCACGAGGCGUUUUGAAGACCACACAAAGGAUGUACUGAGUGUUGCUUUUUCUGUUGACAAUCGUCAAAUUGUAUCUGGAUCAAGAGACAAGACUAUUAAGUUAUGGAACACUUUAGCUGAAUGUAAAUACACUAUUCAAGAUGAUGGCCACUCAGAUUGGGUAUCAUGUGUGAGAUUCUCUCCAAAUCAUGCCAACCCCAUCAUCGUCUCUGCUGGUUGGGACCGUAUGGUUAAAGUAUGGAAUUUGACCAACUGCAGGCUAAAGAUCAACCACUCGGGACACACUGGAUAUCUAAACACUGUCACAGUUUCUCCUGAUGGAAGCCUUUGUGCCAGCGGUGGAAAAGACUGCAAAGCUAUGUUGUGGGACUUGAAUGACGGCAAGCACUUGCAUACUUUGGAUCACAAUGACAUUAUCACUGCUUUGUGCUUCUCACCAAACAGGUAUUGGCUCUGCGCAGCUUUUGGUCCAUCAAUUAAAAUUUGGGAUUUGGAAAGCAAGGAAAUGGUUGAGGAACUCAAACCUGAAGUCGUUUCACAAAAUACAAAGGCCGAGCCCCCACAAUGCUUAUCUUUGGCUUGGUCUACUGAUGGACAAACUUUGUUUGCUGGUUAUUCUGAUAAUACUAUCAGAGUAUGGCAAGUCAGUGUUUCGGCACAUUGAGAUGUUAUAGGUUAGAACGGUUUUUACAAUAAAAAACUACAAAGGAG